AUGGUCCGCCAACAUCACGCAGGCCCUAAAAGGCGAUUCAGCCUCCUUGACCCACUCGUCCUACUCCUCCUCUCAUCAGCCCGCUCCGCCGCCGCGGCCUCCAAGGACAAGACGACAGCCCUCUUCACCGACCCGGACACGGGCAUCUCCUUCCAGCGCUUCUUUGGCGCCAAGACCUCCUUCUCCUUCGGCAUCGCCCUGCCCACCACCCCAACCGACUCCUUCAUCGGCAUGCUCGAGUUCCCCCUCAAGUCCGGCGCCGGCUGGGGCGGCUGGUCCCUGACAGGCGACAUGGAGGGUCCCCUUCUGAUGGCGGCGUGGGCGUCCACGCCUUCCCCCAACGACGCCUCCACGGCCGGCGGGGUGAUCUCGUCGUUCCGGCAAGCCUUCAACGAGGACGACAACCCGCCCGAGGUCUCGGGGUCGUUCGUCGCCCGCCCCAUCGCGGCAGGCACGUCGGCCAACGCGACGCACCUCAAGUACACGUUCCUGUGCGAGGGGUGCCUCGACGCGUCGCUGGGCCUCGGCGCCGCCGACACGGCGGGCACCGCCGAGAUGGGCUGGGCGCUGGCGGGCACGGCGGUGCGCGGCGCCGGGAAACCAGACGGCGUCCUGGGGUUCCACGACGUCGGGUUCGGCGACUUCGACGCAGACCUGGCGGGCGCGCGGUUCGCAGACUUCGAGACGUGGGCGGCUAUGGCGGGGGCGCCGAUGGUGGCGUCCACGUCGGCGAAGGCGAUCGUGCCGGAUGGGGGGGAUGGGGGUGGUGGGGAUGAUUCGGGGGAUGAUGAUAGCGAUGAUGAUGAUGAUGACGAUGAUUGA